CCUUCUCCGCCUCUCUCUCGAAUCAACCCUACCUCCUCCUUCUCCUUCUCCUUCUCCUUCUCCUUCUCCUUCUCCCUCUCCCUCCCUCCCUCAAUCGGAGAAAAAACCCUCCCUUCUCCUUCUCCUUCUCCUUCCCACAAUCGGAAAAAAACCCGCCUAGUUGUCGUCGCCUCCGCCGCCUAGUUGUCCUCGCCUCAGCCGCCUAGUUGUCCUCGCCGUUGUUGUUAUUGACGGAAGCAGAGGAAAAAAACCCUCCCUUCUCCUUCUCCUCCGCCGCCUAGUUGUCAUCGCCGUUGUUGUUAUUGACGGAAGCAGAGGAAGCGGAAGCAGCCCAAGGUUUUCCUCAGGUAGACUUUUCGCUUUUACUUUGUUUGUAUUCUGCUUCAUUCGUCAGAGUUUUGGUACUUUGUUUGUAAUUGGCUAUGGAUGUAGAAUAAAUUGUAUGUAGGGAGUGCAAUGACUUCCUUGCAAAACUGGUUUACCUUCGCUUAAACUUGUUAGCCGAAUCCUUUAGACUUUGAUGAUCGCUUUACGCUUAAGGUGCCAUGUGUUGCUAGGGCUAAACAAUCCAAAUGGAUGUCAUAAAUCAAACUUAAACAGUAUGUACCCAACCCAACUCCAUCCUUAGCGAAGUCCACCCAAGUAAACCAACAACCAAAGUUUUUAGUACCAUUUAGAAAACUAGUAUUGGUAGUAGCAGUAAGUGGCCAUCCCAGCCCAGCCUCCCCAUUGUAGAAAAACCAGCGUGGGAUCUUUUGUAAGCUGGUGAUGGCUUUGAUUUUGUUGCUAAUUCUUUGAUUCUAGCUUUAGAGUUUUUCCGGUAAACAUAAUCAGUGUUUGAUUCCGCGGUUGAAGUUAUAAAGUAUUUGUUACCGAAUUGAGCUCAAAUUAGAUCAAACUCGGCUUAAUUUGGAUCAUUUGCGACCCUAACUUAAAAGUGACCCUCAAAUCGCUGCUGUACAUUACUGAUCAAAGUGAAGAAACAAAGGAAUUGAAGCAACAGGGAAUUGAAGCUCUAUCCCUGUUCUGCUGCUAUUCUCCCCUUCCCCUUUUCAGUUUAUGCUUUUCUUUUUUCGAUUAACUGGAGAUGGCUGUAAUUUGUAGUGGGCUGCUGCUAUCUGCAAGGUGGCAGGUAUUUUCCAUCGCCUAGUAGACUUGGGUGCUUUGGCUGUAUGUUUAUGCCGUUGUUGUCCUGUUUACCUGUAGAUUAGUAGGUGGGGGCUAAGCUAAGGCCAAAUCAAUCUCCCUUCUUAAAUACAUGUUUGUUGGGUGCUUCAUUUUGUGCUCGAUUAUGUUGCACACUUCUCUUUAAUUCGGUUUAUAAGGGACAUGGAUUUUGUUUAUUGUAGUUUCAUUUCUGCUCUAGUUAAGCAGAAAUUUCAGCAGUCCUGUUAUUGUGUUUGUUGUUUGAAUGAUUAUGUAAUUCUUUUUUUUUUUUCUUCUUUUUUCCAGAAGCAAUGGACGUCACGGCUAGAAGAAGCAAAAUUUGGGAGAAUUUCACUGAAGCUGAAUUAGGGGGGAGGUCAAGCUUCAAUGCAACCAUUGCAUGAAGGUUUUUGGAUGCUAUCCUAAUAAGAAUGGGACAGUUUCACUGUGGAGGCAUCUUAAGAUGUGCAGUAAGAGAAAUCUUCAAGAUUAAUGGAGCCUUAUGUACUUUUCUGUAUUUCAUUCUAUUAUAUUUGCUUAAACAUCAUGUAAUGGUCUUAACUAUCAAGACUCAAGAGAUUGUUUGAUAGGUUUAUGAUCAAACAAGUUAUCAGCUUUUUAAUUUCUUAUAAUGGUUCUGUAACCUUAAUGAAUCAUCUGCAAAAUCAAACUUGUUUAUGAUAUAUUCAAGCAAAAUCUAGUCACUCAUUUGUGUAAUAAUGUAACUUCAUAUUUUUUUCAUUGCAAUAUGGUGAUCGGUGAGUUUGUUUUAAAUUAGUGUAGUAACUAAUUAUAAAAAAAACUCGAUGGUUUGGACCGAACAACCCGCAACCCGACCUGUUGUAACCCGCAAUCCGAUCAACCCGAACCCGAUUGAACCGCAACCCGAUCAACCCGUAACCCGAUUGAUCCGUAACCCGAUCAACCCGAACCCGAUCAACUCGCAACCCGCUUGACCCGCAACCCGAUCAACCCGAACCCGCUUGACCCGCAACCCGCUUGACCCGCAACCCGAUUGACCCCCAACCCGACUGAACCCGACCCGAACCCGCCCGAUUGACACCUAUAGGUAAAACCCGCAAAAAGUUUGAUGGGUAUGGGGCGGGUAUGGUUUUGGCCUCCCCCGCCCCAUACCCAUCCCCAUACCCGCCCCACCAAGAUAAUUUCUUCAUAUAUAUAUAUAUAUAUAAUAUGUGCAUCAAAUUAUAGUCUAUCAAUGAUGAUGAGGAUAACUUGAGAAGAUAAAUAGUAGAAAUGCAAUUGAUUGACCACCUUAAUCAAAAUCUAAUUCAUUUCUCUCAAUUCUCAUUUCACUCUUUCACUUUCCCCCUUAUCAACAAGAUUAUGUUAGUUAAUUAUUAUUUAGUAGAUGUAUCAGAGUUAGAACAUAAUAAUUUGAAGAAUAUUAUACUCUAUAUUAUGUAUUAAUGGAUAUUUUAGGAUCAUAAUCUUUAAACCAUAUUAAAAAAAUGACCGUGUUUUAUUGACUUCAUGAUAUAAUAUGUUCGUUUAGAAUUAUAAUUAGAACUUUUCUUGUAAGUAUUAGGUAUAAUAAUGUUGGAUAUACGGGUAUGGGUAUUAUCCAUGGGUACCCGAAACCCACGGGUAUGGGGAUGGGUUUGCAAAACAUUCCCCCGCAUGGGUAUGGGGCGGGUAUGGGUUUGGGUAUUUGAAGAUAGGUAUGGGGAUGGUUUAAGCAAACCCGCCCCAAACCCGCCCCAUUGCCAUCCCUACUGGCAAAGGCAUCUGUUGACUACAGUGGGAUAUUAGCUGGCUUGGAGUUGGCCAUUUGGUUGCUGGUACUUCUUUCUCUUGUUUACAUUUCAUAUUUCCGAUAAUUUGUGUCUUUUAGAGUUCAAUUAAUUGUAUGAAAGCAUGGUUUGUAUGGUGGAAUGUCACCGGUUGAAUCAGGUUUCAUUGAGUCGUCGUGAAAUCGAAGUUAACACCAUCGGUAUGACUGACAUGAUUGAUUUACAAAUUUUAAGCAAAAUGAUUGCAUUUUAUUGAAUUUAAUUAAUAAAAAAUUUGAUUUAUUAUUUAUUUUAUGAAUUUAAAAAGUUAAUAUUAUUUUUUGGAUUCAAGUAUAAACUUUUAAAUAUUGACAUUAAAUAUAAUUUUAAAUAUUGACAUUGUUAAUUGUUAUUUUAUGUGAAAUGUCAUAUUUUAUUUAAAUAUGAAUAUGAAUUGUAAGGAUACAACUUGUUUCCGCCAAAAAAAAGAAACCCUAGCGCUCCGUAUUAUUCGGAGACGGCGACAUCGUGAUCGGCGAGAAUUCCUAGCGAAACACCGGCUCAUGCAGGGCGCCGGCCAAAAGGCCCAGCCCCCCGUACCGCGCCCACCGGAUCCUAACGGAGGGCAAAGGAGAUCACCUGUGAUGUCCUCUUCUCCAAAUGGUCGUGACGACAAGGAGGCUCAGCAUCCAAAAAAGAAGGCCAAGAACGUCCGGGAGAACCCGACUUAUGAACCAGCUCCGAUGAUGGAAGAUCCCACUACCGUGCAACAACCCAGUGAGAUGGCGAACAUUGUCGACAGCCAAGCUGGGAGUCCGAGAUCUGCUACGCAAACAGCUUGGGGGGCAGGGACGAAGAAGAAGCUGUUUAGUGACAUGUUAACAGAAGACUCGUGGUACGUUGCGGACUCGGACUCCGAGGACGUGGCUAUGGCAAUGAAAGAGGAUGAUUUGGACGACGAGAUUCUUGAGAAUGAUGACCCGACCUACCCUACCAUCCCUUUCACAUCAAUGGAAAAGCUACGAUACAGACGGAAAUGGCGAUCAGCCCUGAUAGUUAAGGUCUUAGGGAAAACGUUUCCGUUUCCCAUCCUAUCUAGGCGACUGGAAUACCUAUGGGCUAAAUGUGGUAGCAUUCAGAUAACCAGUCUAUCCUGGGGUUUCUAUGCAGUUCGGUUUGCUAAUCAGAUCGACUAUGAGCAAGCAGCUGUGGGUGGGCCGUACAUGAUAGGCGAAUACUACCUUACUGUACGGCCGUGGCGGAAAAUUUUUCAUCCUAAAACAGCUGAAGUGGCUAGAACUAUGGUUUGGGCUAGGCUACCAGCUCUCCCAGUUGAGUUUUUCAAUGAAGAAGCGGUUGAGCGUAUUGCUGCGUGCAUUGGAAAACCAAUCAGGGUGGACCGUGCAACCAAGGAGUGUGCUAUCGGUCGGUUUGCAAGAGUCAGCGUGGAGGUUGAUCUAACGAAGCCCCUACUCUCGCAAUAUAAGAUUGAGGGAAAAACGUACUACAUUGAAUUCGAAGGACUCCAUACGAUUUGUGGCGAAUGUGGCCGAUAUGGCCACUCGAGCAAGACCUGCCCUUUGCUCGCGAAGACACCAGCCCCCAUGGUAGAAGAACCCCAAGUUGCGAACACGACGGAAGCAUCACAACCACUGUAUGGCGACUGGAUGGUAGCUAAGUCCAAAGGAAAAAAUAAUAGGAAGCAAGGCAACUCUGCUGAGAGGUAUAAGAACCCCAAAGCUCAGCAGGUUAACAGUGUGGUGGAAACACCAGCAGGCAAGGCUAGUUCGGGCUCAAGGUUUGAAAGUCUAGUAGUGGAGGAAGCCGAGGAUGGACUGGUGAAAGACACAGAAGCGUCAACUGACAUUUCAAACACCAUUGAUCCAAGAGAGGCUCUGGAUGAUCAAGGCGGGACACAAUAUCUCCCAACUCCAAUGUUAGUGGACCCACCACAGCAGACAGGCCUUGUUGAUGUCCCUAUCAAGCAGGGGAUGGCCCUGUCGACUAAAUCCCAGAAUGUCAAAGUGGUCCCUAGCACCGCCAUGCACGCCAGCAAAGGGGUCACGAAGAAAAGCCAAAUGAAAACAACUGUAGACCAGAAAGGUCUGAAGAAGAAUGGGAAGGGUACGUCUACAUCGGAGAAUCUGGUGAAUCGUACAGGUGUUGUGCCUGGCGGGAAAGAGAACAGAGAGGAAGCAACUCUAGUUGGGGUGAAGCAGUCUUGCACAAUUUCACUACCUGGUGACCAUGACACGGCCCUUAUGGGGGAGGGGGGUUUUAAAACCCCAAGUACCGGCUCUUGAUUGUCAGCUCGGCUGACGGGCGGGGUAUGUUUCACCUUCCAACACUUCUCCAUGUUAAGUGUUCUUGCGUGGAACUGCUAGGGGGCAGGUAAGGAUGUGUUUCUAUCUACUUUGGAGUCUUUUUAUAGGCCUUCUAGGCCGGAUAUUCUAAUUAUUAUCGAGCCCAAAAUCAGUGGUGCCGCUGCAGAACAGGUCAUUGCUAGAAUGGGUUUCGAUGGUGUGCUAGUUACGGAAGCCGUGGGGUUUGCUGGUGGCAUUUGGGUUCUCUGGCAAGAGCACGAUUUAAAAAUCUCGCCCAUCUCUGUGUGGGAACAAAUGAUCCAUUUUCAA